UCUGAGGGAAAAGGACAUACCAAUGCUGGAGAUGCAAUAUAUGAGGUGGUGAGUCUACAGCGAGAGUCUGACAAGGUGGAAAUAGUUACUCCUACUAGUGAAGGGGGUCCAAUGUCACCACAGGAGGAUGAAGCAGAAGAAGAGAGUGAUAAUGAGCUCUCAAGUGGAACAGGUGAUGUGUCUAAGGAUUGUCCUGAGAAGAUCCUAUAUUCUUGGGGAGAAUUGCUAGGACGAUGGCAUAAUAACCUUGGUGCCCGACCGAAAGGGCUAUCCACUUUGGUGAAGAGUGGUGUUCCAGAAGCAUUGAGGGCAGAAGUAUGGCAGUUAUUAGCAGGCUGCCAUGACAACCAGGCAAUGCUGGAUCGAUACAGAAUUCUUAUCACAAAGGACUCAGCCCAGGAGAGUGUUAUUACUCGAGAUAUUCAUCGUACAUUUCCUGCACAUGAUUACUUCAAAGAUACUGGAGGAGAUGGUCAGGAAUCGCUCUACAAAAUCUGCAAGGCCUACUCUGUGUAUGAUGAAGACAUAGGGUACUGUCAAGGACAGUCUUUUCUUGCUGCUGUGUUGCUGUUGCAUAUGCCAGAGGAACAAGCAUUCUGUGUUUUGGUGAAAAUCAUGUAUGACUAUGGUUUACGAGACCUCUACAAAAACAACUUCGAAGAUCUUCAUUGCAAAUUUUAUCAGUUGGAGAGACUAAUGCAGGAACAACUACCAGACCUUCACAGCCAUUUUUGUGACCUGAACCUGGAAGCUCAUAUGUAUGCAUCCCAGUGGUUUCUCACCCUGUUUACUGCCAAGUUCCCACUCUGCAUGGUGUUCCAUAUCAUUGACUUACUGCUUUGUGAGGGUUUGAACAUAAUCUUUCAUGUAGCCUUGGCGCUGCUAAAGACCUCAAAGGAAGAUCUUCUUCAAGCUGAUUUUGAAGGUGCUUUGAAGUUCUUCAGAGUUCAGCUUCCAAAGAGAUACAGGGCAGAGGAAAAUGCAAGAAGAUUGAUGGAGCAGGCUUGCAAUAUUAAAGUACCAACCAAAAAGCUGAAGAAAUAUGAAAAAGAAUAUCAGACGAUGCGAGAGAGUCAGCUGCAACAGGAAGACCCAAUGGAUAGAUACAAGAGGGAGAACCGAAGAUUACAGGAGGCCAGCAUGAGGUUGGAACAAGAGAACGAUGACCUUGCCCACGAGCUAGUAACCAGCAAAAUUGCUCUGCGGAAUGAUUUGGACCAGGCAGAAGACAAGGCAGACGUGCUGAAUAAGGAGCUCCUCCUGACCAAGCAGAGGCUGGUGGAGACAGAGGAGGAGAAGAGGAAGCAAGAGGAAGAGACUGCCCAGCUAAAAGAAGUCUUCAGAAAGCAACUAGAGAAGGCAGAAUAUGAAAUAAAGAAGACUACAGCUAUCAUUGCCGAGUAUAAACAGAUCUGUUCCCAGUUAAGUACCAGGCUGGAGAAACAGCAAACAGCCAGCAAGGAGGAGCUGGAAGUAGUAAAGGGUAAAAUGAUGGCAUGCAAACACUGCAGUGACAUUUUCAGCAAGGAGGGUGCUUUGAAACUAGCAGCAAUAAGCAGAGAGAACCAGGGAAUUGAAGCAGAUGAUGAGAAGGACUCACUUAAGAAGCAGCUGAGGGAGAUGGAGCUGGAAUUGGCACAAACCAAACUGCAGUUGGUAGAGGCCAAGUGCAAAAUCCAGGAACUUGAACAUCAGAGAGGAGCCCUUAUGAAUGAAAUACAAGCUGCAAAAAACUCUUGGUUUAGCAAAACCCUGAACUCUAUCAAAACAGCCACGAGCACCCAGUCACUGCAGCCACCGCAGGCCACCCAGCCACCCAAGGAGAGCACAUAGUUCCAGCCUCCUCCAACCACAAGAGCACAAUGAUCAAAACAACAGAAACCCAGGGGCAGUUCUUCCUGGUAUCCCUUUGAAGGAGAGUAAAGGAGGCCAGAAAGCAAGUCUGAACCUUUCAGUAGCUCUUGCUCUUUCUUGUAUGACACUUUUCAAAGAGAUAUUAUUUAAAUUGACCUGUUUAUGUUGACUAUUUUCCAGCUUCUUCAUGGGAGGCCAUGUUCAGAUUCACUAUAGUAUUAUACAUUAUUUUAUAUGCCUGAUGUUUAGUUGGAAAUAAGUAAUUCAGAACUAAAUGCUUUUUAUUUAGAACUAAUUAUUAUAAUUUUUAUCUUACAUAAAAAUGGAGACAUCUAUUAUUUCAAGGUUGAAGUGAUAGGAAGAUCUUUGUCACUGAAAGGAAGUAGAAACCCAGUCCUCUUUAACUUUUCAGGAUUUAUUGAAAGCACAUUGUGGGGCUGGUCAUGACCACUGUCAGGUUUCAUCUUAGAAGUGGGUCCCAGGGUUGUGGUAGUCCUAUCCCAAGGAAAGAACAGACCAGGGAUUAAAAAGUUCCCAAAGAGAAUUGGUUUAUUUUAAUUCUCUGUUGGAUACAUUAGAAAUGAAGUGCCAAGCACUGUAGAAUAGAUGGGCUGUUGAGAAUACAUGCUAGGUAAAUGGAACUGAGAUUUUGGUAAAUGUAGGAUAAAAUUAUUUUGGCUCUAGCAGAUCCUUUGAAGAACUCCACAUGGGAGUUAUAAAUCUGGUAGGCCUAAAUGUGAACACAGAUGUGACUUCUGGCAAAUGUAAAGUCAAAAAAAGUGGAUGUUGUGAGUUGCAGGGAACCUUCACCAAAAGGCUCUAGAAAGGCCCAGGGUCAGCAUUAUGCUUAGAGUGCAAUGAGGAACCAGCAAUGAGUUAUUUGAUGUUGUCUUGUAAGGAAAUACUAAUAUUCUAUAAUCUUAAAGGACAUAUUAUUGCAAUGGGAAUCAAGGUCUCACAUCAUUGUAGCUAGUGCAACUUUCCCUGAUUUCUGUACCUCCCUAAAACUGUGCCCCGGGUAUCUGUAGAUGAAGAUACAGAAAUGUAUUUGUAACAUUUUUGAUUGAUUGAAUAUAAAACCUUUAUAGAAACAUUUAAUCUCGUGGAAAGAUAAGGUUAUUGUGUAAAAUUUGGUGGAAAUAUUUUUUUCAUUUGUAGUUGACAUUCCUAUAUAACUAGUCCUAGCAGGAAAUUCUUUGGUAAGGGCACAGAAUUUUCUCAUUUUCUAACCUAUAUGGAGUCCUUUCUCACCAACCAAACUACUAUCAGCUACGUACAAUAAAUAGCAUUUAUUGAUGUUCAUUCUUGGCUUCAUUGUGGAACAAACCAUUUGCAAAAAAGACUUAAAACCCUAGUGCCAGACUAGUUCUUAAUGGCAUGUGUCGCAAUUAUAAGUAACACACUCUUAGAAAUAAGAACCAAGAAAGAGCUCUUCCAAUCCCAGGAGGAAGCACUACAAGUUGCUCAUGAUAAAUCCUUUUCUCCAAAAUGAUCUUUAAGUUCUAAAAAGAAAAAAUAGUGAAAUCUCCUUCAUUUGUGUUUAAAUCAUUUACAGUCCAUAAAACUGAUAGGGUUGUUUGGUAUCUGUUACACCUAUCAAAUUAUACUUUUCUUAUAAAAAUUUUGUUCUGAUGUCUUUCACCAUAAGCUUAGUUUCUUUUUACCAGAAGGGAAAAUAACCCAGCAUUCCAAGUGUCUUCGUUGACUUUAACAUUCCCUACACAGGGGUUUAGAUAAGCUAAUCAGUUUUUUUGCAAAAUAUAAUGACUAGAAAAUUAUAGCAUGUUUCUGUAAAUCAUUUAGUGUAGUCUGUUAGCUUUAUUGGUACUUUUGCUUUCAUUCCAAGAAGCCCUAUACAAGUCACUUUUUCAAAUGGCAAGCUGAAUUAAAGAUGCACUUUUGUGUUAUGAACGUCAUAGUACCGUACAGUUCUUUUUAACUUCUGAAAAUAAAUAUAUUCCACAGAAUGCCUAACUAAGUUGCAUAAUUUUCUGUAAAUAGUAGGUGAGAGAGAAGUAGAACAGCUCUAGGACAAUUCCUUAUCUGUUGACCUGCUUCAAUUUUAGUCCCUUUCCUUUUUUUCUCCUUCCUUCCUUCCUUUUCUUCCUUCCUCCUCCCUCCCUCCCUUCCUUCCUUUCUUUGUGACAGUACUGUCCUUUUUUUCUUUAAGCAAAGUCACCAGGUGCAUACAUUCCAAAAGUGGUAAAACUGUGCUUUAGGUUUUAACUCUUACAAAGGAUAGGCGUAUGUACACUGGUGCUGCAUUUGAACUGCCAUUACUGCAUUGCCUUUGAGUCAGCAGCAGCAGUAAAGACUGGAAAGAAACGAUUCAAAAUUUGUUAUGUGAUGUGCUUCCAUACCACACAUCCUCCAUUGUCUGUUGUUUGAAAAUUCUUGCAUGCCACAACUACUCUUUUUAAUUUCACUGAUUUGGGGAUAUAUUUGAGAAUUGCAACUUUUUUUUUUUAAAUUGAUACAGGAUCUCACUAUGUAGCCCAGACUGCCUUGAAUUCACAAUCCUCCUGCCUCAGCCUCCUGAGUGCUGGGAUUACAGGUGUAUACCACCACACCUGGGUGAAACACUUGAAUUUCUUUUAGAAAGAGACCAAUCAAAUAUCUAGGAAAUUUUCAAACAUUGUAAUGAUUUUCAUUCCUAGGACAUACAGAAAACAUUCCUUCAAAAAUCCAGUAUUUGCAACAUCUGAGAAGUGAUGAUCGUUUUUAUUUUCGUUAAAUUCGAUAGAAUAAAAUGAAUACAAUUCAACCCAAUAAUUAAGUUCAUUAGCUUUUAUAUAUUGAGGAUCUUACUUAACAUUUUUUAAAGCUAAAAGAAACCAAGCUGCAUUUUUAAGUGCAUGUGAUUGCUAGCUUCCCACAUCCUGGGACACAUCACAAUUCAGUUAUAUUUACUACAUAUAAUUUGUUGCAAAGAAAUUCUGUUACCUUAUGUUCUGUAAAUGAGUGCCUCUCAGAAAAAUUAAUAGGAAUGAUGUAGAUAGAGACCUGUGACCUAUCUUUCCCCAAACCAGCUAUCUCUUCCCACUCUCCUAGGAAUUAGUAUUUUCUUCAUUGACUUUCUUAAACUUCCCUGGUAGAAAAGGAACCUUUGUACUGAUGUUGGGAUAUUUAAUUUUUUUUUUAAGUCCAUACUUUCCUACAGUGUAUUAUUUGUCUUUAAUCCCUACUCCACUUUCUUUGAACAUUUUCCAGUUAAUAAACUAGCAACUUCAUUUCCUAUCUGAAGAAAACCAAGACAUAUGAAAAUGAGGGCACAGGAAAUCAGGGUUAGCCCCUUAAAGGAAUCAGUCAUGUAAGGACAAGAAUUACAUGUGUAGCUAAUGUAGGAGAUUGAGCUUUCCUGUACUGUAGCUGAAAUUAAGUCUACUAAUUUGACCAACCCCCUGUGUCAAAUACUAAGGUAGUCUGAGUUGGGGAGUCCCUUAAGUGCAAAAACAAUUUGUUUAAAUACUAACAUUUAAAAAAAAAACAGUUUAAAAACUCUAAAGUAACUCUGAUUCUCUUGCUUCAACUACAAAUAAAUGAACAAAUUAUUGCAUGAUUUGAACACUGUAGGGGUGUGUGUGUGUGUGAGAGAGAGAGAGAGAGAGAGAGAGAGAGAGCACUGCAGGGGUGUGUGUAAGAGAUCUGAUCCAUCAGUGGAAUUUUGUGUAGAGUGUCCCUGCUGCUUUUGUAUACCUAUAACCAAAUACACAUUGAAAUUUCAAGACAUGGUAAUCAAAACUGGAACGCCAGACAACACGUCUGUGGCCUGUUUUCAACCACCAGAUAUAAAACUCUCUCUAGUCAUCAAACUGAUGAUCACAGUCAGCUAGAAGUAUCUGAAAACUUUUUUCUUUUCUCAUAGUGGCCACUAUCUAGUACUGACAAGGCCCAUUACCGUUAUCAAUCUUACCUCCAAAUGAAUUUGCUACCAUCUAUAAAAACACCUUCUUCCUACCCCCAUCCCUGGUUUAUCCUGAGUUGUAUUCUGAAAAGUUUAAGAAAAGUGAAUCAUUCAGAAGAAAAUGAACAUUUUGUUACUCUUCUCAUUGGCAGUUGGUUAACAUGCAAAAUCUUUUCCACUGAAUUGAAACUUUUCAUAACUAUAUUAUAUAGUCAGAUAAAGGAAACUGAUCUAUGAGAUUGUAAGUGCACCAAGAUUCUAGCAUCUUGAAAGCACGAGAAUAAAGACUGAGAUGACCCCAGAAUCCAAAUGUCCCAAUAGCCUUUUGCAUCAGUUUCUGUUUUGGUAUUUUUGCCUAAUGCAUGAAUUCUUAGUUCAAAUGAGGAGGAAAGUUUCCCAGUUUUUUUCCCAACCCCUACCUGUCCCUUGCUGAGGAGGUAGUAGAAAUUCUGUAGUAUUUUUAUGAAGAGUUUUCCUAUACCGUUUGUAAUGAAAACGGGUUAUAAAGGAGUUGAUUAGUCCAGACAGUGCAGACUUAAAAAAAAAAAGAAGAAAAAUUAGUCAUCAGCCUCUUCCUCUAUAAACACUGGUGAAAUUAGAUGUUUCCAUAAUUCCAUGUAUUAUGUAUAGUACACGAUAAAUGUAAAUGUAAUGCCUGUUAAGAAAAGUGCAAUUUAUUGUACAUUGUCCCAACAAAUGUUUACUUUUAUAACCAUUAUGAACUUGAAUUGGAUUAGUAUAUUGUUUUCAUGUGUGAAUGAAGCCUUGUGAAAUAAACAAAUGCAACCAAGAAGGUGACAAGGUGACUGUUUUGUGAGACAGUGAUGUUUUUCAAUGCUUUGUGUUGCCCCUUUGGCCCCAUUAAGCGGUAAUAAACAUUUAUUCUACAGUCCUCAUAUGUGUUUUUUUUCCAAGUUGACAUUAUUUUGAAUUCUUUGAACCUAUAUAUGCUACUUACCUGACAUUAGACUCGAUAAUUUUUUGGUUUUGACCCAGAGUCUUGCUGUGUAGCCCAGA